AUGGACCGAUGCAGCACCGUUGACUGCGCCCGGACUACUGCAAUAACACCGGGAGACUCAUCUGAUGAUUCAAGUAAUGACUGGGGUGUGGACAAGGUAGCGGGCAGCGACUUGGUGCUAGCCCUGUAUGGCAUGAUCUGCACGGUAGGAGUGGCCGGCAAUCUCCUGGUCUGUAUCGUGCUGCUCCGCGUGCCGUCCCUCCGCUCCAACACCAGUGAUUUCCUAGUGCACCUCUCCCUGGUCGAUCUGGUGGUCUGCGUGCUGGUCAUUCCUCACAAGAUCUUGCCGCUGUUGAGCCAGACCCCACCGCCCAAUCCAACCAUCUGGGGCCAGCUCUGGUGCCGCCUUUACGUCAACCAGUACCCGUUCUGGGUCUGUGCUGUCACCUCCGUCGAUAAUCUAGUCCUGGUGAAUCUGGAACGUUUUGUAGCCAUCGUCUACCCCCACAAAUACAAGAGAAUCUUUGCCAGUCGAAACAAAUACCUCAUGCUUGGCUUGUGCUGGAUCCUGGCCAUGCUCACCAAAUCCUUUAUCGUUUUUCUGUCCGAAGAAGAUCCCGUGUCUGGUUGUCGUUUUGGUUGGCCCAGCCGGGGUGUCCAGGCGGCGAUCGGCGUUCUAAACUUCAUCAUCAAUCUCUUUGCUCCGUUCGUGCUGAUGAUUUUGGUGCAGUGGAAAGUCAUCUCAACACUGAAGAAACAAGUUAAGACGCUGACUGAUCGAAAUGCUAUCUCGGAGAUGAACCCAGCCGAUCGGCGUAAGAUGUGGCAGCUGAAGGCGACCCAGAUCCUGGUGCGAACCCUCCUGGCAUUCGCUGUAACCUUCGCCGUCUGCUGGGCGCCAAACCAACUCAUGUUCCUGGUAUACAACCUGGGCGUCCCGUUGAGCCUCGCAACGCCAAUCUACCACGUAGGCGUCAUCCUUGCCGUGUGUAACUCGUGCGUGAAUCCCAUCAUUUACACCAUGACCAACCAGCAGUUCCGUAAGGGGAUCAAAAUGGCGUUCAGGCGGGGGAAGAGAUCGGCUCGAGUGGGCGGCGACACCUUGGCUACAUCGGGAAUGGCCACCAUGUCUACGAGAUUCGACGCUAAGUGAAAACAGUUUGUGCAUCUCAAAUC